AUGUUAUAUUCUUGUUAUAUGAAAAAGACACCCCUGUUCCUUAAAGUACAACGUAAACCGUCCGGCACGAAUUCUGGUCAGAUGAUGCCGAGUGAAGGAACUCCAGGGACGCCCUCUUCCAAACCUAAAGAAAAAAUCAACCCGAGAACUAAGGUUGUUGUGGCCUUAUACAAUUACAAAGCAAUAGAAAGUGGUGAUUUAUCAUUGGAGAAGAAUCAAUCUUACGAUGUGAUCGAUGAUUCUCAGGAACAUUGGUGGAAAGUCAGAGAUUCUAAAGGAAAUAUUGGAUAUAUUCCAAGUAAUUAUGUGAAAGAAAAGGAAUCCUUAGGUUUACAACAAUACGAUUGGUAUGUAAACGACAUGUCUAGACAAAGAUCUGAAUCCCUUCUGAAGAAUGAAGACAAAGAAGGAUGUUUCGUAGUUAGAAAUUCAUCGACAAAAGGUCUUUACACAUUAUCACUCUAUACAAAAAUUCCGCAUCCGCACGUGAAGCACUAUCAUAUAAAACAAAACGAAAGAACAGGCGAAUACUACCUAUCCGAAAAGCAUUGCUGUAGCUCCAUACCAGAUUUAAUCAAUUACCACAAGCACAACAGCGGGGGAUUAGCGUCGAGAUUGAAAACGAGUCCUUGCGAUAGACCUGCCCCGGCUACAGCGGGGCUUAGUCACGAUAAAUGGGAAAUCGAUCAUAACGAGUUGAUGCUCUUGGAGGAAUUGGGUUCCGGGCAAUUCGGUGUGGUGAGAAGAGGCAAAUGGAGAGGUUCCAUCGACGUGGCGGUUAAGAUGAUGAAGGAGGGUACAAUGUCUGAGGAUGAUUUCAUCGAAGAAGCUAAAGUCAUGACAAAAUUGCAACAUCCUAAUUUAGUCCAAUUGUACGGAGUGUGCAGUAAAAACAGACCUAUAUUCAUCGUAACUGAAUACAUGAGGUACGGCUCACUUUUGAAUCACUUAAGAAGGCACGAACAAUCAUUAAGCGUCAAUCAGGGACUUUUAUUAGACAUGUGCAUACAAGUGUGCAAAGGAAUGGCUUACCUCGAAAGACACAACUACAUCCACAGGGACUUGGCCGCGAGGAAUUGCUUAGUAGGAACGGAAAAUAUCGUCAAAGUCGCUGAUUUCGGAUUGGCCCGAUACGUUUUAGAUGACCAGUACACUUCUUCUGGCGGUUCUAAAUUCCCUAUAAAAUGGGCCCCUCCGGAAGUCCUGAAUUAUACCAGAUUCUCCUCUAAAUCCGACAUUUGGGCGUACGGUGUUUUAAUGUGGGAAGUGUUUACUUGCGGGAAGAUGCCCUAUGGUAGAUUAAAAAACACCGAAGUCGUUGAACGUGUUCAGAAAGGAUUGAUUUUGGAAAAGCCAAAAGCUUGUUACAAAGAAGUAUAUGAUGUGAUGCGAAAAUGUUGGUCGCACCUGCCCGAAAAUCGGCCGUCGUUCAAGCUGUUGAAGGAGACGCUGGUGAACGUCUCGCAGGGCAUCCUGGUCGAUUGA